AACUUUGUCCCCAGAGCAGUCAUCUGAGUAUAGAGAGCAGAGCUUCUUUUUUUGGAGAAAGCACCCAGCCGGUCCAGAAGAUCUUUUUUUCUCCUGCCGAAGAGGUUUCCGCGUUCGCAUUGCCUUGAGUUAAUUGGCCGGCGCAUCCCCAAUUGCAGGGGCCUGCGUCAGUUAAAUCCAGGUUCCCAGGAGGGCUGUUUUGCCAGCCAUGCUCUCGGCAAGCGUCCUAACUAUAGACGGUGCGCGGCCUCUGCCCGGAGGCCUCUGGCGGCGAGAGGGUGCUGCAGUAGCCUCCCGGAAGGCCCGAGUUGCUGCCUUUGCCCAGGGGGGAGCUAAGCUAGAAUUCUACGUUCUUUGGUCUCUGCAGGAGCCGCCCCGCCAGUUCAGCAGCAAAUGCGGUCGGAAGUGUUACCAGACUCUCUUACCACUUCCGCUGCCAAAACAGUUAGUGAUUUUUGGUUUGGGUGACUGGAGCUGCUGUUCUCAGAAGAUGAGCAUCACUGUGGAGAUACUAGUGAAUCCAGAUGUUAAGCCACAAAGGAUUGGAAAACUGGGACCUGAAACCAGGUGCUUUGUGUGGGAUGGUGAAUGGAGGGUGGACAUUCUGAUGGCUUCGUUGAAGCAGGCAGAGAGUGGUAACCCUAUUAAGUUGCUCUUGACUGUCAAGGAAAAGCUGCUCAACAGCACCCCCACUCGCCCAUUUCAGGCCCCAGAACUGGGUCAGUCACCUGUUCUUCCUGAAGAGAUUGUUUCUGACGUCAAGGGACCAGAUGAGCCUCCUGAGGCUGAAGAUCAGAGAUCAGCAGUGCCUGUUAAGGAAAUUGUGCCCAAGAAGAAGGAAUUUUCUUCAUCAUUGGAGACACUGAUGCUUCCAGCUUCAGAAAUAACCGCUAUACAACAGAAAUGUGAGGAGGACAAAGAAUGUGAGGAGGCCAAACAGAUAACAUGCCAGCCUAGCCCAGUUCCUCUACGAAAGACCAGAAGGGUUCUCUUUGAGUCUUCAGCAAUCAAAGGGCAGGAGGAAGUGGAAGAUUUAGAGAUGAAAGAGUUGCAAGCAUGUCCAAGCCCUCGAUGGUGCCAUGCCAUGUGCCUCAGUGACCCUGAAACAGCUGUUUUGAUGGGCGGUGAAGGAGCCAAUCAGCAGUUUUGCAAGGAUGCUUUUUGGAAACUGGAAAUUGAAAAUGACUUCUGGUUCCCCAUGGAUUUCCCAGGACAAAAUUUCAUGCCACAAUGUUCACGGGGUCACACUGCCACCUAUGACCCAGACACCAAGCGUAUCUACAUCUUUGGCGGCCUAAGGGAAGGGAAACGCUAUAGCAACAUCCAUGUCCUGGACACAGCAUCUUGGAAGUGGCUUUGCAUAUCUGCCAAGGGGAAGGUGCCAACGCUGGCUUAUCACACUGCCACUAUCUAUCGUAAGGAGCUGUUUGUCUUUGGAGGUGUGUUCCCCAAAAUCUCAUCCCUGGAGACUGGAGCCUGCAGUAAUUCACUUUUCAUUUUCAACCCCGAGUAUGAGAUCUGGUACCAACCCAUUGUGGAGGGAGAGAAGCCUUUGCCUAGACUUGGCCAUUCAAGCACCCUGUUGAGGAACAAGUUGAUCAUAUUUGGGGGCCAAAUGAAUUCUACACAUCUGAAUGAUACCCACAUCCUGGAUCUAGGUUUCAUGGAAUACACGUCAGUUCCUUUUCAUUCUGGUCAGCCAUCUGCUCGCAGUUUCCAUGCUGCCAUGCCAGUAUCUGAUCAGAAAAUGCUGAUAAGUGGGGGCUGUAAUGCCAAGGGAGCCUUUCAGGAUGCAUUCACCUUCCACCUUGAUACGUUGACAUGGAGUGCAGUGGUGCACAGUGAACUUUGCUCGAUACCCCGGGCAGGCCACACACUAUUGAACUUGGCUUCUGUCCACUUAACAGACAUGGAUAAGGAAAACAGAGGCAAGUGCAACCUGUGCACGGUGUUGGUCUUCGGGGGUUCCGACCGUGCUGGAAAGUUCUACAGUAGUACCAGCAAAAUUCAACUGGACCUUGAGGAGGUGAAAUGAACCUCCUAGAAUCCAGUCUGAGUCACUGGAAGUUCUAGGCUGUGCCAAGCAGAGGCAGGAACAGAAAGGCAGUAGAUGCCAAUAAAAUAAAAGCAAAAGAAACAAGGAGUACAAGUCAGCCCCCCCCCCUUUUUUGUAUGAAGUACUUUUUCAUGUAGACUUUUUAUUGUCUUAAUUGAAUCAGUUGCUGCUCCUGAACUCCUUAACUGCUUAUUUGAUUUAGGAUUUUGCCUAAUUAAGCACUAAAAAAGCCAUGGGGUUAUGAUCCUGCUGUGGAACUUGCUAUGUGGUAAUUCCUGAGCCAAAGUAUGAUAAACUGUGAGCUUUUUUUUUAGCCCGUACUGUUGCUGGAAGGGAUGUCUCAAAAAUGCUUGGACAGGUACUGUAAAGCAUGUAGAAACAAUGGCUUAACUAUGCAUCUUCUGGGUUCUUUCUCCACCCAGCUAUCUUUUCUACUCAGCCACUUAAUUUGACAAUUCUGUGUAUUUUGCAAACAUCCUUUCCCUCUCUUUAUCACUGUGUAAUAAACUAUUUCACGCAUGCA